UUGCAUACCUUUUUACGAGAUUACAUAGAUACUGAAUUUAGCCAAGCUUCAAAGACAAGAACAGGAUAUAAUAGAUCGUUAAAGUCAUACGUUAAAAGAUAUAGUAAUGUUAACUAUUUUCCGGUCUGUGAAGAUAUGAAUAAUGUUAAAGAAAAGGAUAAUAGUCAUAAUGGAAAUUAUGCUGACAAUUUCAAGAAGGAUAAUGAGAAUAGAGAAAGAAGUAGAAGUUUAGUAUUGACAGAAUAUAAUAGUGAUUAUGAGAAGAAUGACAAUUAA